AUGCCCCGGGGAGUGCAUACAUCCAAAAGAAAAAGUGGAUUUCAGCAAAGGAAAGCCAAACAGGCUAGAAUGGAUGUAGCUCAGAGUAUGUCUGGAUUAAUUUUUAAAUAUGUUACAAAAACUGAUGACAGUCCAAAUGAUUUAGAUAAUAUCAGCUCAUCUUCAGAAAGCAACAUUGACAGGACAGAAUUAAUUAACACGAACAAAGAAGACGCUGAAAAUAAUAGUAACAAUACUAAUAGUGCUACUGAUGAGAAAGAUACUACUGACGUAAAUGAACCAUUUUCACACUUUAAGGAUGUGUCAGAAUGGAGUAUUCCUGUUCCAUACAAUGUUCGCAUUGAGAUAAUAAAAAAAGUAAGUGAAUAUUUUCAAAACAGAGAAGGACCAUUUGCCACUGUAUCUAGACACGGAACCAAAAUAAAAGGUGACGCUCGUCAUCUUUCAAAAGAUUGGUUUUAUAAAAUUAUGCCUAAUGGUGAAAAAAUCCUACGGUUAUGGAUGGUUUAUUCCCCUACCUCUAAUAACCUGUACUGCUUCUGCUGUCGUUUAUUUGCUAUGACCAAUAAUACCAAUGCGGGAACAUUUACGACUGGAUUUCAAAAGUGGUGGAAAUUAAAUCCGAAAGUGGCUGACCACGAAUGUACAAAUGAACAUCUAGAAAAUCUUGAGAAAUGGAAAACUUUGAAAAUGAGACUAAAAUUGAAUAAAACAAUAGAUGAUGCAGCUUUGCAAUUGAUGGAUACAGAAAAACAGAAGUGGAAGCAUCUUUUGACUAGAUUACUGGAUAUAACUUUAUUUCUGGCUAAACAAAACUUGGCAUUUCGUGGACAUGAUGAAGGACAAGAUUCUAAAAAUAAAGGCAAUUUUUUAGAAUUAGUAAAACUAUUGUCAAAGUAUGAUGUAGUGUUGAAAGAACACAUGAUGCAAUUGGAGCAAGAUAAAACUUCAAAAAUAUCAUAUUUGUCGCCAGAUAUACAGAAUGAAUUCAUUAAUGUUUUAUCAAACCAUGUGAAAACUAAGCUUGUCAACGAAAUUAAAUCGGCGAAAUAUUUUGGUAUUAUGUUUGAUAGCACACCUGACAUUUCACAUAUUGACCAAAUGUCUGAAGUGAUACGUUAUGUAAAAAUUGAAAAUAGAAAAGUGGACGUCAAAGAAGUAUUCCUUGGAUUUUUUCCUUUGAAAGGAAAAAAAGCCUCUGAUCUAAGCGAAGAAAUUCUUGAGAAGCUUAAGACAGACGAUUUAGAUAUUAUGAUGUGUCGUUCUCAAGGUUAUGACAAUGCUGCUGUUAUGAGCGGUGUGCACGGAGGAGUACAGUCCAUUAUUAAACAAAAAACAAUAAAGCUAUUUUUAUUGGUUGUAUUGAUCAUUCGAUUAAUUUGUGUGGUCAACAUUCAUUUGCCCAAAAUCCGUUGGGAAGUGCUUAUGAAACACAGCAAAUUAUCUGUUAAAAGACUCGCAACAACGCGUUGGAGUGCUCAUUACCGUGCAGUAAAAGCACUAGCAGAGAAUUUUGAAGGACUUGUAGACGCAAUUGAGGAGUUGUGUGAUGGACAAGAAAAUAUAGACACCAGAGGUGCUGCACAAAACCUCAUGCCUGCUGUGUGCAAUUACACUUUUUUAUGCUAUCUAUUUUUCUGGUAUGAUGUUCUUCGGGAAAUAAAUGCUGCACAGAUUGCAUUGCAAAGUAAAGGCUUGAUUGUUGACGAAACUGCUACAAAAAUAGAGGCACUUCGUCUUUAUAUCGAAGAAAAACGGGGUCACAUUGUGGAAGAGGCAAUAGAUAUUGCUACAAAAAAAUCAGAAGACUACGAUAUUUCAACAGAAAGACGAUUCCGUCGUAAAAAACGGGUUGUUGGUGAGAUAGCCAGCGAUGCAGGACUCACACUGAAAGAAGAACUUCAAAAAGAUAUGUUGGAAUGUCUUGACCGAUUCAGAGUUGAACUCCAGACAAGAUCGAAGUCUCUUCAAGAUGUGGCUUCAUUGUUCGAGAUCGUACAAACAAAUACUUUGCUUUUGGCGAAUACUGAAGAACUGAAAUUAGCUACAUCCAAAUUUACUGAUUUUUAUGAUGAGGUCUCAGAAACAGAAUUACUUUUGGAGAUACCAAGACUGCGAAGACACUUAAAAGCCGCUAAUGUUACAGUUUCUGCUUGGGUAUCUCUAGAUUUUUUAAAGUUUAUUGUAGAAUGGGAUUUUACAGAAUCUCUUCCAAAUCUUAUGAUUGCACUAAAAUUGUUCAUGACGGUUUGCGUCUCCGUAGCUUCAUGUGAAAGGAGUUUUAGUAAACUAAAAUUAACAAAAAACUAUUUGCGGGCAACAAUGACCCAAUCGCGGCUUAGCAAUCUUGGUAUAUUAGCCAUCGAACACGAGGCAAUACAAAAUAUAAAUUUUGAUGAAGUUAUUUCUGAGUUUGCAGCUGUCAAAGCUAGAAAGAAGAAAUUUUAA